GGCCGGGGGACCCGCCGCUGAUUGGCUGCGCCGCCGGGCGGAAGUGAUGCUACUGUCACUGGCUCCUCGGGCUCCCGGGAAGCCGCGAGUUUCCGCAGGGAGGCGGCGGCAGCAGCUGCGGCCGGGCGGGUCUGCAGUCUGUGCUCAGAGUGAACACUCCUCGCAGCGAAAGUGAUGCCUUUUCUCAAUUGGCACAAAAUGAGCGUGAGGUGGUUAGCCAGACCAGGAGCUCGACCUCACACACAGUCCAGCCUGCUGCUCUGAUGCCGAAGGGGAGGCAGAAAGUGCCACACUUGGAUGCCCCCCUGGGCCUGCCCACCUGCCUCUGGCUUGAGUUAGCCGGGCUCUUCUUACUGGUUCCCUGGGUCAUGGGCCUGGCAGGGGCAGGUGGGCCUGGGGCCCAGGGCCCAGGGGGGAUAAGUUGGGCCGUGCAUCUGGACAGUCUGGGAGGCGAGGGGGAGGAAGAGUCUCUGGAGCAGCAGGCAGAUGCCUUGGCCCAAGCAGCAGGGCUGGUGAAUGCUGGACGCAUCGGGGAGCUCCAGGGGCACUACCUCUUCGUCCAGCCAGCUGGGCACUGGCAGGACCAGCAGGUGGAGGCAGUCCGGCAGCAGGCGGAGGCUGUGUUCACCAGGCAUGAAGCUGUGCUCUGGCACUCAGAGCAGAGGCUGCUAAAGCGGGCCAAGCGCAGCGUCCACUUCAAUGACCCCAAGUACCCACAGCAAUGGCACCUGAAUAACCGGCGGAGCCCCGGCAGGGACAUCAACGUGACAGGUGUAUGGGAGCGCAAUGUAACUGGGCAAGGCGUGACCGUGGUGGUAGUGGAUGACGGCGUGGAGCACACCAUCCAGGACAUUGCACCCAACUAUAGCCCUGAGGGCAGCUAUGACCUCAACUCUAAUGACCCUGACCCCAUGCCCCACCCGGAUGUGGAGAAUGGCAACCACCACGGCACGCGAUGUGCAGGAGAGAUCGCCGCCGUGCCCAACAACAGCUUCUGUGCGGUGGGAGUGGCAUAUGGGAGCCGCAUAGCAGGCAUCCGGGUACUGGAUGGACCCCUCACAGACAGCAUGGAGGCCGUGGCGUUCAACAAGCACUAUCAGAUCAAUGACAUCUACAGCUGCAGCUGGGGACCAGAUGAUGAUGGAAAGACGGUGGAUGGCCCCCAUCAGCUUGGAAAGGCUGCCUUGCAACACGGGGUGAUGGCUGGCCGCCGGGGCUUCGGGAGCAUCUUUGUGGUGGCCAGUGGCAAUGGGGGCCAGCACAAUGACAACUGCAACUACGAUGGCUAUGCCAACUCCAUCUACACAGUCACCAUAGGUGCUGUGGACGAGGAGGGACACAUGCCUUUCUAUGCAGAGGAGUGUGCCUCUAUGCUGGCGGUCACCUUCAGUGGUGGGGACAAGAUGCUUCGGAGCAUUGUGACCACCGACUGGGACCUUCAGAAGGGCACAGGCUGCACUGAGGGCCACACCGGGACCUCAGCAGCAGCCCCUCUGGCAGCUGGCAUGAUAGCCCUGAUGCUGCAGGUGCGGCCUUGCCUCACGUGGCGUGAUGUCCAGCACAUCAUUGUCUUCACAGCCACCCAGUACGAGGAUCGCCGUGCAGAGUGGGUCACCAACGAGGCAGGCUUCAGCCACAGCCACCAGCAUGGAUUCGGCCUGCUCAAUGCCUGGAGACUCGUUAAUGCCGCCAAGAUCUGGACAUCUGUCCCUUACUUAGCUUCCUACGUCAGCCCCGUGUUAAAAGAGAACAAGGCGAUUCCGCUGUCUCCCCGUUCCCUGGAGGUCUUGUGGAAUGUCAGCAGGAUGGACCUGGAGAUGUCGGGACUGAAGACCCUGGAGCAUGUGGCAGUGACAGUCUCCAUCACUCAUCCACGACGUGGCAGCUUGGAACUAAAACUGUUUUGCCCCAGUGGCAUGAUGUCCCUUGUCGGCGCUCCCCGCAGCAUGGACUCGGAUCCCGGUGGCUUCGAGGAUUGGACCUUCUCCACUGUGCGAUGCUGGGGGGAAAGAGCAAAAGGGACUUACAGACUCGUUAUCAGGGAUAUAGGAGAUGAGACGUUCCAGACUGGCGUCCUCCGGCAAUGGCAGCUGACCCUAUAUGGCUCUGUGUGGAGUCCAGUAGACAUCAGGGACAGACAAAGGCUACUGGAAAGUGCCAUGAGUGGGAAAUACCUGCAUGACGGCUUCACUCUGCCCUGCCCUCCUGGGCUGAAAAUUCCUGAGGAAGAUGGCUACACCAUCACCCCUAACACCCUCAAGACCCUGGUGCUGGUGGGCUGUUUUACCGUCUUCUGGACAAUUUACUACAUGCUGGAAAUAUACUUGAGCCAGAGGAAUGUGGCCUCUCACCCAAUUUGUAGGAGUGGACCCUGCCACCAGCCCCAAGGAAGCCGAAAAGCCAGGGAAGAGGGGACAGAACUAGAAUCGGUGCCACUUUGCAACAGCAAGGAUCCAGACGGAGUGGAGACAGAGCAGGAGGGCCCUCCCGCCACCUCUAGUCUCCUUACCCCAGACUUGCUGGGUCAGCGGGACUGGCUGUGCCAGCACAGGAGUGCCCUGGACUGCCCUCCUCAGCACCUUCCCCCCGACCUGUUGCAGGGGAAGGAGGAACAGAUUUGCUGACCCAGGGCCUGACAGACUCAACAUGGGGCAGGCUCCUCCUUCCCAAAUUUGGGGAAGCUUGGAAAGCUGCUCUAAAGUCCCGGGAGUUCUGGGAAAGGCAGUCCUGAUGCUUACAUCUGGAGCCCAGAGGCCUAAAGAGCCCCCUCUGAGUACGCUCACGGAGGGCAAGGGCCUUCUUCAGGUACAAGUAGCAAAAGAAUGGUGACACAGAACAGUGUGGCCACAGCCACUGGAUCUUCUUCCAACCAAACAGGAGAUUUUGGUGCGAAGGUCUUGGACGAGGGAUCACCUCCCCCUUUGGGCAGGCCUCCGUCCUCCUUUCUCCUGGGCAAGCCGGCGGUGUGAGUCGUGGGGACCCUCACCUGUGCAUAGGUGAGAAGGUGCCUGCCAUGGCCAGAAGAGCAUCUCAACAGAAACAUCACUGGGGCCAUUUGGGAAGAGGGCUUAGGGGUAGAGGCCAGGAAAAGUCCCUGGAUAUGCCUGUCCUUCUAAGGACCCAGGGCCCAAAAACAGCAAACUUGUCUUCUCUCUCCCUCACCUUCCUGCCUAAGCCUUGGGCCUCUGAUGUACUGGUGUGGCAUCAGCCCUCAGCCCAGCACAUUUGCCCUAAAAGCAGCUGCCUCCAUUAUCCCUGAUCAGAAGCCAACCUUGAACACACCCCUGACUCCUUCACCAUCACCCCCACCCUUCAUCCUGCAGGAUCGGUACAAUGCUCCUGGCAAAGCUGGGCAUGGGCACGGCUCUCCAGGCCUGUGCUGCCUCACUAUGGCGUCCGCAGCAGGACUGUGGCAGCUGUCAGCCACGGCCGCUCCCGCCCUGCGACCACCCUGUCUUCCUCUGCAAAGUGCUCAGGGAAAUGGCCUUACCCACCGGAGGCCAGCUGUCUGCCCGACAGGCUGUGGCUCUUCCUCCCACUCUUGGCCUCCUCCCCUCUUCUGAGCUAGUUGUCAAUUUGAAUUUUUUUUAAUGCUUAAGAAUUGGUUUUCUCUUUUCACAGCAACAUUUUGUUGACUUUUUUUCUGCACAGCUUUUCCACAAUAAAAGCCUUCCACACAA